AUGCAUCCUAAAAUCCCUUCUCAAAGUGAAAUUCGAAAUUGUUUUGGGCCGACAUUGGCAGAGACCUUUAUGGAGUUGAGCGAUCCACCUAUAAGAACAUUCGUGGAGGUUACUCCACCACUAAAAGUAAAAGGUCCAGCUGAGCAUUUGUGGCAUACACCUAGUGAUCAACUAAUUAAAAAAAACUCUCUGAAACUACCAAUGACCAGUUCAAUGACACAAGCAGCUACUCAUAGAGGAAUUAUAGGAUUGGGUGAAAAAGCUUUGAGGCAAUUCCAAGUUGAUGUAGAAAAAAGAGUACGAGAAUCUUUAUUUAUUGAAAUAAAAAAUAUCCAUUUACUUUUUGAGGCGGAGCAACGACAUGUGACAAAUACUCGUAUUAAAAAAAUUGAAGAUGAAUGCACUUGGCGAACCAAGUUUCUAAUCAAGGAAUAUGAUAAAAAAUUAGAGAAAACUCUGGACGAUGUUAUAACUAGAUAUAAUGAAAUUUUACAAAAAGCUCUAGUGCAAACUCGAAUGAGCGUAACACUUGAAAUGAUGAAAAAAAUGCGAAAAGAAGUGGAGUUUAUUGUCACUGAUUUGAAUGCCGAUUACGACAGAAGAUGCUCUCUACAAAGACAAAAUAUGAUUGCUGAUUUCAAUGUUAUGAUUCGAAAAGAACGAGUAAAGUUGAAAGACAUGCUAAGAAUAUGCGAGAAGAAAAAAGUUGAAUCUUUAGAAAGAAUUCGAGUGAAAGUGGAGAAUGAAUUUCAGGAGAGGGCAGAGAAACUCGUUGGCUGUGAAAAAUACCGUUGUAAUGAUGAAAAACGAAAGAUUUGUGAAAAUUUGGAGAAAAUAAUGCUCUCACUACAAAAGUUGCUUGAUAAAACGAAUGAGGAAAUUGCAAAUGUGAAAGGAAACCCUAGCAUCAUCAUUUCUCCAAAUAAUUCUAUCUGGAAAUGGAGAAUAAAGCACAUUCUGCAG